GGGGAGGCUCAGCCAGGGGACGGAGCUGGGCGGUAGGAGACGGACUGUAUAAAUAGUGCCGGCGCGGCGACCGGGUGACUUUCAGAGUGGUGACCGACGGCAGACCGUCGUGACCGACCCGUUCAUCUCGCCCCGACCGACGCGGUCAGCAGCGCCGACCGACCUCUCCGGCACUACCGCCCUUCCCGGGAGACAGCGAGGAGCGCCUCUCCUGCCGGUGCCCUUCCCCCGCCGCCGGCGACUACCGACAGCACAGAGACUACGACCGCUGUCCGCAGCGAGACUACGACCGGUACCCACAGCGAGACUACUCUCCGCGCCCGGGCCCCAGCCGAUCCGUAAACGACGGAAACUGCGGCGACUACAACCACUCCGGCGACCGGCGCUCGAAAAAUCUCUACAACUCCGGUGAGUGCUGCCGCUCAGGCGACUACAGCCGCCCCGGCGACUACUACCGCCGCGACUACGAGGACUAUUUGAGCCCCGACGACACCGAGCCCGGCCGGGUCUCCGACCGAAACUACCGAGCUCCGAGCACCGACCAGGAAAGGAGGCGACGGGCCGCGACCGCUGCCGACCGCUCAUCGAAACGGGAGGCCGCCCUCUCACCGAGUCGACCCAGCCGCCGAGGAGACGACCGGCGUUCGCUCUGCACGGUACCCUACUUUGGCUACUCGACCCUCGGAGGAGCCCCUCGCCAGGAACCGACCGAUACCCGGGUUGGUGAUUUCUCGUCCGGACCGAACCACUCUCCUGACACCAUGCACCGCCGCUACAACCGACGGAUGGGCGGCAGCUACGCCGGCUACGCCAGUGAGAUGGCGUCCCGCUUCCGGCGCGAUAACGACCGCCGCCAGCAGCCGUCCGAAGCAGUCUCGGAGCUGCCGCACGUGAAGCGUGUCGAGUUCUACGCGCCCCAGAACGCGCGCGUGCACCACACGCUCAAGUACGAGCUGGUGGGCGACCGGUACCGUGCCGACCCGGUGCUACGCCGCGGUCAGCCCUUCUACCUGGCCGUCCAGCUGGACCGACAGAUCAACCCGGCCAGCGAGAAACUCUACGUGGUCUUCACUUACGGACCCCGGGCGGCGGUGACGCUGGGCACCAAGGUCUACCUGGUGGCCAAUAAGCGGGAGUUUACCAAGGAGAAGCAGCACUGGGACGUCCGCAUCCACGGAGUGGAGGGCGACACACUGGUGCUGCAGAUCCAGAUCCCGUACGACUGUCUGGUGGGAGACUGGAGCGCCAGCAUCCAGACUGUGGCCGACGGCUCCCACGGCCGGCGGCGCGCCGAGUUCCGGUGCCGGGAGAACGUCUACAUCCUCUUCAACCCCUGGUGUGAGGAGGACCCGUGCUACAUGGAGAACGAGGCAGAGCGAGAUGAGUACGUCACCAACGACAACGGGAAGAUAUUCGUGGGCGCGCACAACCGCUACAAGGGCCGCCACUGGGUGUUUGGCCAGCACGACAACGCCGUGCUGCCGGCCGUGCAGCUGAUUCUGGAGAUGUCCGGCCUGUCGCACGCUGAGCGCGGCAGCCCCGUCAAGGUGGUGCGCGCCAUCACCGGCGCCCUGCACUCGGAAAAUGAGGGCGGCGGCGUGCUGGAGGCCCGCUGGAACGGCCAGUACGAGGGAGGAGUCUCGCCCUGGACCUGGACGGGCAGUGUGCGCAUCCUGGAGCAGUUUCUGCGCAGCGGAGGCGCCACUGUCAAAUACGGCCAGUGCUGGGUGUUUGCCGGACUGCUGACUACAGUGUGCCGGGCUCUGGGCAUCCCGUGUCGGCCCGUCACCAACUUCGUCUCGGCCCACGACACCGACGGCACCCUCACCGUCGACAAGUUCUUCGACCUCUUCGGCACCGAGAUCGAGCACGGUCCGAACGGCGACGCCAACGACUCGCUGUGGAACUUCCACGUGUGGAACGACGUGUGGAUGUCUCGGCCGGACCUGCCGCAGGGCUACGGCGGCUGGCAGGCGGUGGACGCCACGCCGCAGCAGGAGAGCGAGAAUAAGUUCCAGUGCGGCCCGUGCUCGCUGGAGGCCAUCCGGCGGGGCGAGGUCGGCUUCGGGUUCGACACGACGUUCCUGUUCUCUGAAGUGAACGCAGACCUGGUGCACUGGAGGGAGGACCCCGACAGCGACUGGGGAUUCAGCAAGAUGAAACGCGACCACUACCAUGUCGGUCGGUCAGUGCUGACCAAACGCAGCGGACCCACCCACGACGAUGACGACCAGGACAUUGAGAACAUCACGCACUUGUACAAGAAUCCCGAGGGCACCGCCGCCGAGCGGCUGGCCGUGUUCAACGCGGUGCGCGGCACUGCCGGCGCGCAGAAGUACUUUGACUACCCGGAGAGCGGCCAGGAGGACGUGACCUUCGAGCUGACCGACAUCGACCAGGUCAUGAUCGGCCAGCCGUUCCACGUCGACGUCAGCAUCGUGAACAACGCUGAGGAGGAGCGUACCAUCAAGGUAUCGCUGCACGCCAACAGCAUGUACUACACGGGCAUCAAGGCCAUGGACAUCGUCACCGACCCAGUGCAGGAGUUUGUGCUUCAGCCCGGACACACCGAGAAGAUGGUGGUCGAGAUCACGCCGGAGCAGUACAUGGACAAGCUGGUCGACUACUGCAUGGUGAAGAUCUACGCCAUGGCUAGUGUCACGGAGACGCGCCAGGCCUGGAGCGAGGAGGACGAUUUCGUCAUCUCCAAACCCAAACUCAGCAUCCAGUUGGACGGGCCGUGCGUGGUGGGCCAGCAGUGUCUCGUCAAUUUCUCGUUCGUCAACCCGCUGAGCGUGCCGCUGACGGACUGCAUGUUCAGCUUCGAGGGCUCCGGCCUGAUCCGACCCAGCGUCUCCAAGCUGCGGAGCACCGUGCAGCCCGGCGCGACGUUCACCCAUGCGGAAUCGUUUGUUCCGCGCGUGUCGGGUGAGAAGACGAUCGUGGCCAGCUUCCAGUGCCGCCAGCUAUUCGACAUCGAGGGCAGCAAGACGCUCACCGUCUCCGGCUGAGCGGCCUGACGUCACCGGGUCCCCGGGCGUGACGUCACCGGGUCCCCGGGCCGGCCGCGAAACUCCGCGGGGAGCAGCGCCCGGACUGAAGCCACUAACGGCGAUGACAAUAAACGGACGGCCGAAUAUCGAGAGCUCGCUUCUUGCCGAUACAGCACUUUUAGUUAAGCCCCAACCACGGAAUGGCUGCUUUUAUCCAAAUUCAACCGGUAGAGUCAAAUAGCAAGACUGUAGAAUUAGUUACAUAGUUGUCGGCUUGCAAAAGCUGCUAUUCGGGGUGGUAAACUGUGACAGCGUAUCUGACGUGCGAGGCAGUAUAAGUUGCUACUAACUUGCCAACCAGCAGCGUGUAAUGUGACGUGCAAGUGUUAAGCGCGGGGUAAAGUUGAGAAGUUACAGUCGCUUUUGCGGUGUAUCGCAUGCGUUCAAUGUUUGUAGUUUCGGGGCAGCCAUAUUGCAAGUAGUUAUGAUGAGAUGCCCGCUGCUCCCCAAUCCGUAAGACAGUGUGCUGGUUGCGUGUGAUCUGUAGCUGCAUGCUGAGAGAGAUGUGAGGGAUGACAUUUCGGGGACUCUUGUCAUUACAAUGCGGCGCCACACUGACCGAGCGUUAUUUGAUGUGCGUAUCUUUGGCGUAAAUGAGGUAAAGUGGCACUGCACUCGCUGCCUUGGUACGCAUCCGAUGCGCGCACACCAGCCGCUAACACUCGCACGUGAAUGUUCGCUUCUGGAUGUUCCCGGCCGAGGUCGCACAAUGUGUUUUGAUAGAGUACGCCCAUGUAUGUGCGGAUAUGACUUCAAUGAUUUUGACCGGGAUUCCUUAAAUGAGCAUGGCUGUUAUCGAACUGAAUUCCGAAAUAUCUUUAUAACAUAUCAUGGACGUAGGACCCUCACGAAAAGUGUGGGGGCAGGCAGCGAAACAUCAAUGUCACUUUGUGGGAGCCCCAUUAGGCCAUUACCCAUAUGAAGAAAUUAUUUGCAGUUUUGUGCUCAUCUUGCCUUUCUCAACCAUUUUCUGCUCUUAGCUUUGUAUUCAAAUCAAAAAUAAAGAUUUUUACUUUAAAGAAUGUCUGAAAUGGGGGUCACCCCCCCCCCCCCCCGUUCUACGCCCAUGUAACAUUUGGCUCCGUAGAAAGUUUGCGAAGCCUCAAGCUUGCAUCGAAGCCGCAUGAAUGUGUGAUUAACAUGUUGAAACAGAGACUGAUGGAUCAUUGGAUGUAGCGCAAUGUGGUCGUGUGGUGAUAAUGCAUUUUGUAUGCCUUGUGAUGAUUAGCCCUAGAUUGGCUGAGUAAGUUAGAGGAGCGCAGUGUCUUUCAUGUGUGCGUUCAAUGUGUCCUGACUGAGCAGUGUGAGAUACGAUUUCUGCUGGGCGUUUAGUAGCUCGCUGCGUGCAGCCGAUUUACUUUUUAUCGGGCUUUUUUGGCAUCGACGCAACAAAUAAUAGUUUUGUAGCAUUUUUCUUUCAACUUUUGUUGAUAUUUUUUCUGGUAUGCAUGUGCUAAUACAUAAUACGCUAAAAACUGUUUAUGCCAUUCGAACGCAAUAAAUAAAGUGCCUUGCAGCCUU